AAGGCAGACAUGUGCUUGCCGUGCCAGCAGACCAAUGCUCAGACAGCUGGCUUUCUCUCCUUGACUCCCCUAACUAUCUCCCACUUUCUUUUCCCUCCACAGUGGCUCUAUUAAUUCUUUCUCCUCCUUUCCUUUCCUCUCUUCUUAUUUCCCCUGCAGUUUCCCCUGCGCAGACGGAUAAAAAUAAUUGUCCUAUAGCAGAGCUUGUGUAAUCGCUGGCUUCACAAGCACGGGAGCCACUGCCUCAACACCGGCCCAAUAAGGAAUACCAAGCACUGGACUGAACACCACAGUGUUGAAGAAAAGGAGAGAACAUUUUCUAAACUUCAAGGAAGAAGGAUACAGUAAGGAAUACAGAGUGACAGAAGAAGAGAGAAGAAACAGAGUGAGGAGGGCAGGAGGAGUGAAGUGUUAGGACCAUGCCUGGCUGUCACAUCCGGACGCCCCUGUUGUUGGUGCUCUGCAUGCUGGUGCUGUCCUGUGGGUCAGGAGGUGCCCGGCGGAUCAGAAAGAGAGGGCUUAACCAAAAGGACUAUGAGUAUCCAAAUCAGCAGUCCCAAUCCACGCAGCACCAGAAGAAUGACCGCUGCCCACCCCCACCUCAGAUGCUGCCGGAGCGGGCCUGCGAGGUGCCCGGCUGCCGCUCUGACUCAGAGUGUGAGCGCCACAAGCGCUGCUGCUAUAACGGCUGCAUCUACGCCUGUCUGGAGUCAGUGCAGCCACCACCAGUGCUGGACUGGCUGGUUCAACCUAAGCCUCGGUGGCUGGGAGGGAACGGCUGGCUUCUAGACGGUCCAGAUGAGGUACUGCAGGCGGAGGCCUGCAGCACCACAGAGGAUGGUGACGAGCCCCUGCACUGUCCCACAGGCUAUGAGUGCCACAUCAUCAACCAAGGAAACCCCGCCGCUGGCAUCCCCAAUCGGGGACAGUGCAUCAAGUCUCGUGGCAACUCUGAUGGACGUCCCAUGAGGCAAAAGUCCUACAAGGACUAUAAGGAUUACUUGGGAAUUGGAAGCAGCUCUAAUAAUGCAGUGGCCUAUGAGAAACAACACCACAAACACAUGGGAUGAGAUCGUAAAAAGCUGGUAGUCUCUUCAAAGCAGUCUCUCCUCAGAUCUUCAGAUACCGCAACACAGAACCUCAGCUAUCAGAGCCCACAUAUCAUACCUCUCUUGACAACGGAACACAGAACAACCAGACAACCCUACGGUGCUUUACACUUCCCAUGUCUGGCCUGGGGAAAGGAGGAAACCAAGCCUUCAGUUCCUACCUCUCUCAAACUGGCACACUCCUUUGGUUGUAAUAAUGGUGCAGGCAGGGUUUUAAACAAUACUUUGACAGAUGUACACACACACACAGAGAAACAUGCUUUGGUUUAGUCAUAGGCAAGACGUAAUGGUGUUAUGGUUGAAAAGGAGAAAUGAACAAGACAAAGCCCCUUUCUUGAUCGGUCUCAAACCGCAAAAAUAACAGCCUUUUUUCUAUACACAAUAUCAAAGUAGAUGCACUGAAACCCCCCACAACCAGACACACACGUAUCUCAUAGAAGAGAAAAUAAGGACUAUGUGCUGCUGUUGGCCCUCUCACCCUUCAGGCCAGCAGGAUGAAGAUCCCAUAAACACACAGACGAGGAACAGACCCAGAACCACCAAAACAAUCCAUACACUCUGCUUACAUGUCAAAGCAUGUCUAUCAUGGUGGGAGAGCAAGCUGGGCCUUAUACCAGUAUGACCCCAUCAUCAACACACAGGAGUUGUUCAAAGUGUUUGUAUCGACUGUACAUGAAAUAGGACAUAUUCCAUUCAGUAUAUUCCCUCAGUCGGUCCAAAAAUGAACAUUAGUAUGACAGAAAGACGGGUGUGAGUGGUUAGGAAUAUCCAUAUCUGGAUUUUAGUACAUCAAAUGGUGCUCGGUUCUAAGGCUGUAUCUUCUAACAGAACAAUAAGCUGGUCUACACGACUGAAUUCCACAACUAAUAAGCUAGAGGUAUGAACAUGUAACCAUUUUCUAUGAGGGAGACAGUAAUAUCCAAAUGUCAAACUGGUGCUGUAAUGUUGCUUUGGUAUUACAAAUAAACUGUAUGUUUGAAGAAUGA